CGAGUCACUCUCUCUCUCUGUCUCUCCAGAAUUCAGAGGCUUUGCAAAGUGUCCAGCUCAGCGUGGUGGAAAUAAUGUCUUUACAAACUGGUAGGAAGAAGCACUGCCCGUAAACGAUAGGAAAAGGCGCCCGAGAGGGACAAAAUUCACUUUUGUAAUUCACUCCAUCAUCUUAUUCAAAUGCGAGUGUGAAGCAAGCGAGAAUGCGCGUGGUACUCUGGAUCCUUUGUGCUUUGACUUUUCUCGUCUCGUGCGCCUGGGGCGCGAGAGUUGUGAGUGGUCAGACCGUGUGUCAGGGCAGUCCUGAGCACCCAUGCUAUAAGAUUGCUUACUUCAGAGACGUGUCGAGCCGUGUGGCGUUCUGGGAGGCUCUGGAGGUGUGCAAGGGGGACGGCGGUUCGUUGCUGAGCAUCGAGAAUUCAGCAGAGCAGAAGCACAUCGAACAUCUCCUGAAAGAACUGAGCGUUUCAUCCUCCGGCGGUGCUGUCAGUGGAUCAGGCAUCACAGACGGAGAUUUCUGGGUCGGCUUGACACGGGUGGAGAAUGAGAGCGCACAGGAGCCCGGCAGUUUCGCUUCGUGUCCUAACCUGUACAGGUGGACGGAUGGAAGUUUCUCACAGUUUAGAAAUUGGUAUGCUGAUGAACCAUCCUGUGGAGGAGAAGCUUGCGUGGUGAUGUAUCAUCAGCCCACAGCUCUGGCCGGGCCUGGCGGGCCGUACCUUUACCAGUGGAAUGAUGACCGGUGCAAUAUGAAGCAUAAUUUCAUCUGCAAAUAUGAACCAGUGAGCUAUCUGGCUAAAGAGCAGGGAGACAGACCUGCAGGACGUGAUUCUGAUCUUUCCACUGAAGACCAGGAGGAGAGAAGAACGCCUCCCGCCAAUCACGACGAAAACCCCCAACUUAUAAUGCCAGGACCCUCAAGUAUGCUGCUAAUCUAUGUGAUCAUUCCCACCAUUCCUCUUCUGUUGCUGAUCCUGGUGGCUUCGGGCACUUGCUGUUUUCAGAUGUUGUGCAAGAGCACACCACGGACCAAAACAAGCAUCAACCAAUCAACUCUCUGGAUCUCCGAGACGCCAAAGGCGGAUAGCGGCAUGGAAGUUUAAAGAUCCACGUAUAACAUCCAAGCAGCUCGGUUUCUGGCAUUUUUAACCACGUUACUCAGUAAGAGUGUCGUCUGAUUGUCAGUUGUGUGUAAAUCAUAAGGCAAACUAAAAUGUGCGGCAAUGCCUGCGUAGUCACACAUACAGUGUUUCACUUUGCUGUACACGUUAGAGACGCUUGCCAUUUUAUUUCAAGCUACGUGUUUGACAAGUUUUCAGUUCACUAAGAUUUUUUUUCUUUGCAUUUCAUGUUCCUAUCUGACCUGAGGGUGCUGAGGGAGGGGGAAUGCUAAUUGGCACCAAACACAGCGAGCAAUUAAAUGACUGUAAUUAAAACAAGUGCAAGUGGGAAACACAUAAAAGAGGAAUUAAGGGUUCCCACUGACAAGCGGAUAGGGUCACACAACUGAAGUCAGUGACAAAGAAAUGAAUCACUAAAAAGCAUCAAUAACCGAAAAUAUCAUACAGUAUUAAUACUUCAAAAAACUUCAGAUGAGUUUGAAAAAAACUUUUCUCAAACAUUUUCUCAUACUGUAUAAUGGAUUCGCAAUGACAUACAACUGCUCAUAAUAGAGUUAAUCACAUCAAAAUGUGAAAUUACAGAAAUGACUGGAAUGAUUAACUUAUGCAGCAUCUGUUCUGUAGUUUAAGCUGUUAAAAGAAACUCAACGGAUAUAUAAUCAAAAAUGUUCACACUUUUGUAUGACGCAAUUGCAAAGCUUUUUUGAGGUUUUGUUUCGCAUGUUGAUAUUUUAUCAUCUCAACAUUUUGAAAUAUUGCACAUAGUUAAUAAAUAAGCAGGUUAUUGUGCUGUCAGCUUUAAAUAGCAUAAAAAUUAGUUUUAAUUGAUAUUGUGAUAUCGUAUUGAUAUUGUAUCUGAACUAUGAUGACUGGUUGUACAGGAAGCUACUGUCUUCACUUUCUGUGAGUGUGGGUCUCUUUGCGUGUUUGGAUUUGAAACGUUCAAUGAAUACUUUUGUAUAUUUUUGAGACAGGUGAAUUGAACAUGUGUACACGGAUUACAAAAUAUAUAAAUGUGAAGA